AUGUCUGAAACUUUAUAUUUAUCAGAUUACAUCAACACAUGCGAAAUGUUUGCUAUUGUAAAUGAUAGAGAGAGAUAGAAUUUUAGAAUCCCUUCCACUCCCAUACUUACUCAAAUAAUUCAAUGUUUUCUCAAUAAAUUAAAUAAUAAUGACAAGUAAUUGGCCAUUAAGUAUUUAACGCAGUACUUUUCAAAUAAUACUGCACUUGUUUAAAUGAGAAAAGAGUUAGAUGGAGAGGACAAUAUAUUAAAGAAGCCCAAUUAUUUAAAUGACUAUGGAUUAAAAAAGAAUCAGAUAGCUUAUGAAUAAAAUGAGAAAUUAAAUCUAAUUCGAUAAGAUGAAGAUUUUCAAUAAUUAAUGGAACUAAUUGAAUAAAAAGAUUUUAAAGAAAACUUCUAAAUUCCCACCUUACUUCAUUAAUACAAACACAUAAUUGAAAAACUGAAAAAUCAUAGUUUCAAACUUCUUGAUAUAAUAGAAUAAUGUAAAAAUUCUUCAUUUCAACUGAAUUCAACAACAUUGAGUAAUUUAGUUUUCUUUUUCUAUAUUCCUGAAGAACUAUAAAUAAGCAGUAAAGAAAAGGACGAUUUAUAUCAAUUGUUGGGGGAAAUCACAUGUGAAUGUUGGAUGUAAUUUGAGUAUCAUAUUUAAUAAUUAUAAUUUCAAGAAUCUAAUGAAAAUAUAUUAAAAAUACUUUCCGAAAUUCCUUAAUUAUUAGUAUAACCUGAUUUAUAGAUGUUAAAGAAUUAAAUGUCGUAUGUAUUAGGAAAAAUGUUGGAUAAAAAAGAUUAAAUUUUAAAGUUUGAAGAAAUUGAUACUCUAAUCUAAAAGAAUCUACCAAUAACUUUUGAACUUUAAGUUAUUUUUUAUUAGAUAUGCUUUUAUUGCAUGGCAAAUUUCAAUUAAUAUUAUGAAAAAUAUAUGAUUACUUCAAAUAAGGAUGAAAGAUAUAAAUAGUUAAAUAUAUAUAUUGAAUAAAAAAAAUAAAGUAGUUUAGAGCAAUUUAAUCAAAUUUAAAUUAACAGUUUUUAAUAAUAUUCUAAUGAAUAAUUAUAAAUUAAGGAUGAAUGGAAAACAUUGAUCAGUUAGUCACUCGAUGAGAUGCUCUAAAUAAUAAUUGAAUAUGAUUUUCAUUAUCUCAAUAAAAAGUUGCAUGUUUUCCAUUUAAGUUAGUAAAAUGAUUAAAUGGCAAAAAUUUUCAAUUUGCUUACUGAAAUACCUGUUUAAGACAAACGAAAAGUAGCUUGUUUUCUGAAAACAUUUACAAAACCCACAAAAAUAAUUUAAGUUGAAGAAUUGUCAAGCUAAAUCAAAACUUUUCCAAUUUAAAUAUUGGAAGUUAUUUUUAGGAUAAUAAUAGAAAUUAAAAACUACGAUUUUACUAUUUUUUUAUUUCUUAAAUAAACUAUUCUGGAAAAUAGAAAAAUAACAGAAAAGAAAAUUUCUCAAAAAAUAUCGAAAUAUUUUUAAAACAUCGAAAUGGAUAAAUCCAUUCUAUUACUCAAAGAUUUUUCAGAUGACGAUUGGCAAUUUAUCAAAUAACAUAAAAUUCAACAAAAAAUUGUUAAUUUUUUAAUAUAAUAAUAUUUCGAAACUAAGUAGUAAUUAUAAGGAUAUAUAUUAUAAUUCUUAAGAAAACUCUGCUAUUAAAAUCAACCAGUUCAAUAAAUGAAUGAGUAAACUCAAUUUUUUACUUACUUAUUUUCUUUUUUAAAUGAUGAGUAAAUUCAUUAGUUAAUAAGUGUCAAUAAAUAAAACUCAAUUUCAUUAAAUGAUUAUCUGAACACUGUAGAAACAUUAUUUUAACUAGUAAACUCAAUUAAUGAAGAAGAAUUAUAAAAUUUUAAGUCCAAUCUAGAAAAUGUAUUAGACCGUAAUCUUAUUUACUCUUUGGAUUUCUUUUUUGAAUUAUAAAAUGAUAAAGUUAAUUUAGAAUAACUAAAAAAUAUUUAUAAAUUGGUUUAUUUUUGGAAAUAAAGAUAAUAAUAAGAACUGAAAAAAAAUGCAGAAUAAUUUUAUAGGAUUGAUGCAAAUCAAUAUAAGUUGAUAUUUGUAAAAAUCAAUUAUUUUGGAAAUGAAUAUUUGGCUCCUGAAAAAUUGGAAUAAUUAAUUAAAUGUGACAUGUAUCCAAGAUGUUUAGAUAUUACCUUAGAAGAAUUUAAUAUUUCUUUGACUUUAUUAAGCAAAGAGGAGCAAUAAAAUUUAGUAAAUAAUUGGAUUAAAGAAGCAAAGGAUUCUAACAAUUUUAAAAAAUUAAUACCAUUCUUUUUUAACAUCAUAAAAAGAGGAGAAUCAUCUAAAACAUUCUUAUCAAUUAUUAACUAACAAAUAAAAAGUUAAAAAGAAUUGCAAUAAAAAUUUAGUUAUUUUAACUAAAAGGCCAUGUUUUAAAUAUUCUAUAAUAAUGCUAAUAAUGAAUUAAAAGUGAUGCUUCUUAAACUAAUCAGUAAAUAAUAUCCAAUACCAUUACUAUAUCGAACUUUUUAUAAUGCGGAAGCUGUGGAGUUAGAAAAAUUAACCUUUAAUAUCAAUACAUUCUAUGUUUUCUAAGAUAACAUUCCAAUAAUCAAUUUGAGUUUAGAUGAAAAACAAAAAAGAAUAGGUAAAACUAAAUUAAUCAAUAAAAUCUUUUUUUAAUAAAAUAAAUUUGAAAUUUAAGACAGUAAUUAAUUAAAUAAUUAAACAAUUGAUAUUAUGUACGAUUUUGAAUUUAGAGGCUCAAGAAAUCUCUCAGUAGCCGAUGCUCAUAAUUUUAUCCCUUUUGAAAUUUUAGAUGAUAUCUUACCAAUGUUUAAAUUAUGGAUUAUUUAAUUAGAUACUGAAAAAGAAAUUGAGAUGACUGUCUAAAAUUUAUAAAAAUUAUAAUCUUUUUAAAUUUAAGAAAAAAUAGUUUGCUUUUUGAUUAGAAAUUCAAUUUAAGAUUUGGAUGGCAACUAAAAACAAUUAUUAUAGUCAUUAAAUAUAUAAUUUAAAUAAAUAAUGGAUUUAUCAGAUAAAGAUUUAAAUAAAUAAAUGAAAGAUGAUGAAAUCGAAUAAGUAUCUAAAUUUUUGUAUGAUAUAAUUAAUCAAAAUAGAAAAAACUUCACUAUAAAUUAAGAUCAAUAUUUUAAUCUUAUUUGUUAGAUGAAAUAGCAAGAUUUGGAAUAAAUCAAGGAAAUGAAGUUGGCAUAAGAAUUAUUUUAAGAGAUUGAAACAGAAUUAGAUCAUUAAAUGAAGCAUGAAUAGGGUUUUUACAAUUAGAAAGCUUUUCCAUUACGAAGUAUUGAUUGGUAAAUUAAAUAAGAGAAAGAUGCAUAUGUUAGGAUUGAAUAGAGUAAGGAUUAAAAUAAGUAUGCAAAAUUACAGCAAGUUAAUUAAAAUAUUAAUCAUUUAUAAUCUUAAAUAAGAUUAUAGUAACAAACGAAUUUAAUUUCUAAAUUCUGUAGCUUGUUAAAAUCACCUAAUAACUAUAUUCUAUAUCUUCAUUUUGUGGAUAAAAUUAGAAAAUUUAAUGAAAAAAACACUUUUGAAUUAUAGGCAAAAAAUUAAAAUUUAAAUGAAGAAAUUCAACAACUAAAAAAGGAUAGGGAUGUUAUGAAAUCAAAGGAUAUGAAAAGUGAUUAAAUAGAAUAAACAGAUAAGAAGUAAAAUGAAAUUAAUUAAAAAGUACUCGAAUUAAAAAAGAAUUCUGACAUCAUAUCAAAGAGAAGUAUUGGAAUUGAAUUAUUUUGGAGAGAAAUCAUAGCAUAAAUUGAAUAAUGUCCUGAUUCAUAAAUUGAUAUUGAUCCUGCAAAAAUUGUUAAGAAAAUGAUUUCUAAAGGAGAACCGUAUGAAUUUUUGGAUGGAGAUUUAUUAAGAAUUGAUUAAGCAUUUUUAAUGAAACUUAUUUCUUAUUUUAAAGAAUAAGGAUAGGAAAAGAUUUUAGUAUUAAGCGUUUUAGGACCAAAAAGUUCGGGUAAAUCGACAAUUUUAAAUAAAAUAUUUGGCUGCAAUUUUUGGACCAGUGUUGGAAGAUGUACAAAAGGAAUAUAUUUCUAAUUGUUAAAAAUACAUAAUAAAGCAUUGUUUAAUAAUUAAUUUGAUUCCAUUAUUAUAUUAGAUACUGAAGGACUUUAGAGUCCAAAUUAAGAUGAUUAAGAGUUUGAUAAAAAAAUAGCACUGUUUAUUUUGUCGAUUAGUGACAUCAUUCUAGUGAAUGUCAAAGGCGAUAUAACCAGAGAGUUUAGAUCAUUGCUUGAAAUGUGUAUAUUUAUAUUAGGAUAAAUGAAAAGUUUUACAAGUUCAAAAUAAAUUACUUGGUGUUUCAAUUAAAAUAAUGAUGCCAAUAAUUAUGCACCGUUUUUAGCAUAAUUAUAAAAGAUUGCCACUAGUUUGAGUACAGAACUUGGCAAUCAAAAAGAUGAAGAUGAACCUAUUGAUUAUAAUUAAAUUCUUGGGAUCACAUAAGGUAAUAUCAAAAUUUUAGGAUUUGCAUCCACAGAAAAGUUAUGGAAAUAGAAUCAAAGUGAUGGAGUUUAUGAAAAUUGGAGGUAAUUAAUUCUUAAUGGUACAUAAUCAGAAGAAGCAUAUGAAUAUGGAAUUAAAGUAAUAGGAGCAUAUAUUGAUAAAUUUGGAGAAGGAGAUGAUUAAAAAGGACAAGGAAAAUAAAUGGAAAAUUUGAAAUAAUUUAUAUAAAAAAUUGAAACAACUUGGAGAAGUAUAGAAAGUCUGCCAGAUUUACUAGAAUUUUCUGAAUUAAUACAACAUUAACAAAACCAAUUUAUGAAACAAUAGUUUACUGACAUCAUUGAUGUUUAAAUGUUUCCUAAAUAAAAUGAUUUUAUCAAAAUAAUCCAAGAGAGUAUUUAAUAAUAAAAUUACAAGUUAUCUCUUGAAGCAUUAAGCACAAUAGAAAGAUAAUAAUUAACAAAUAUGAAAGGUGAAUUUGAUUAGAUAAAGAAUGCAGUCAUCGAGAGAUUGACAGCCAUUAAAAAUGAUAAAAAAAUUUCAAAAAAGAUUUUUACCAAAUAUUUGAAUAUGACCAAUGAUAGAAUUAAUAGCGAAGUAUCUGCAUGCAAUUUGGCAAUAUAUUCUGAAAUUAAAACUUAGGAAACUAAUUUAUAAAAGAAAAAAGGGUUUUUUUAAUUUGAUUUAUUUAUCUAAAGUUUACUCAAAAAGGAGGAGGAAUUUCAAGAAUAUAAGAAAGAUGAAAACAAAAUAUAAAAUAAGUUUAAUGAAAUCUGGGAUUAUAUCCUAAAUCAUCAUAUCCAGUAAUAAGAAGAAAUUUUUAAAGAUUAUUGUGAUUAACUGCUUCAAGCAAUCUAAUAAGAGUUUUAAGAAUAUAGAUUGAAAACAAAUAAUGAACCUCAAUAUAAAUAAGAGUAUCAUAAACAAUUAAUAAAAAAUCCACCUCAAGAUAACGACUUUUUAAUAUCACUCGCGAUUUUAAAUCCAGAAUUACAACAUUAACAAUUUAUGGUAGUUGAAAAAUCUAUUAAAAACUAUCAAUUUUAUGAAAAAUUUUGUUAAACCAUUCCUAAAAAGCUAGAUAAAAUUAAUGAUCAAUACAUCUUAUAAAUUAAUAAAUUCUACUCUUAAAAAAUUGAAAUAAAAUGGAUUACAAAAAAUAUUUUUGAGAAUUAUAUAAAAACAGGUUUGAAGGACGAUCUAAUAUAAUAUCAUUAAGAGACUAAGAGAUAUGAAAGGUAAGCCAUCAAAUUCUUUUUAGAUUAAUUCACUAUUUUCGGUUAUACAAUGGAUGAUAAAUAGAUUGAUACAAUAUAUAGCGUCUUAGAUUCCUGGUUUAGGUCAGACUUAUCAAAAAAGCUUUGUUAAUGCUUCAUACUUAAUUAAAGAGAAUUUUACAAUGACAUAUAAUACUAAUUAUCAAUUUAGUUCAUAAAUAAGCAUUGUAAAAACUUGACAAUACUAUUGUAAAAAAAGGAAUAAAUAAUCUCUUUAUCUGACAAUUUAGACAACUUACUUAAAUAGUACGAUCAAGGCGAUUGUUAUUUAAUACAAAUAUAAAAACAAAUCAUUUUUAAUGGAAACUUUGAGACUUUAGAUAUUGACCUUUACAAUACCUCAUUAAAUGCAUCAAAAAGUAGCUAAAUAAUAGCAACGACAUAGGUUAAAAGUCAAUCUUUGCCAAACUCAAAUUUCUCAUCUUCUACAAAAUCUUAGGUAAACUAAACGUAUAGGUAAGAAAUAGUAAAAGAUAUUUUUGAAUAUAUCUUAAAUCCAUAAUACUAAUAACAUAAAUAUAAUCAAUUUAAGAAUUAUGUUGUAAAGGCUGUUUAAUAGUUAAUGAAUUAAAAUUAUAAUGAAGGCUGGAAUAAAAUGUAUGGAGAAGUUCAUAAAAUGAUAUUAGAUGAAAAUAUUGAUAAAAAAAAUAAUGUUGUAGAAAAUGAGAAUACCAAAGUCAAUCAAAAUAUUUUUAAUUUAAUUAAAAGAAUAAUGCAAAAAAUUGAAGUUAAAAUUAAAGAAUUCAAUAUGCAAUUUUCUGAUUUUGGUGUGAUUUUAAAUGACAUAGGUGAAAGAUGUCUAUAUUAUUUUGCAAUUUUCACAAUUUGGAGGAUAUUAUGUUUUGGAUAAUAUCAAUCAACAGAAAGUAAUAUCAAAGAAUUAAGAGAUUAGACUGAUGAAUAAUAUAUUAAAUUUAAGGCUGAUAUUUAAUAGUAUAAGAAAGAAUAAAGUAAAAUUCGAGGGUAAACCUAAGCAUAAGAAAUCAUCAAUUAAGUGAUUUAAAGAUUUUAUAAGAAAUACUGUGAAGAAGCGAAUAAAAUUAUAGCCAUUUAUAAUCAAGAAUCAAGUUUCGAUAUAAUGAAGAAGCUUGACAAAGAUAUUCUCGAAAGAGGUGAUAAAAAUAUUACAGAUGAUUAAAUUAUGGAAUAUAUGAGAAAUCAAUCUAAAUAUAUAGAAAAAUAUGUUAAAGAAAAAAUUUCAACCAUUAAAUAAGAAAUCUCUACAAAAUUAACAAAUCAACUAAAAAAAGAUUUGAAGUCUCAUCUUUAAAAAGUAAGCACUAAUACAAAAAAUUUACAUGAUUUUGUUUUUGAUAGUUUACAAGCAUAAGACUACUUUAAAAAGUUGCCCAAUCCUGAUGAAGCUCCGCAGCUAUUAUAUAAAAUAGUUUUAAGUUGUCUUUAAGGAUAAGUUGAAAAGAGCUUACUUGAACUAAUAAAGGAAGAUAAAAGAGAUGCAUUUUAAACCUAAGAUUUUCAUAUUUUCGAUUAUCCUUUGUGUGUGGCAAUUUAAAAAUCAGAUGCGGAAAUAUAAAUAUUACUAGAUUUUGUUUCAGCCUUUGAAAAAAAGAUUAAGGAUGGAAUUUCAGGUAUAGAUGCAUUACAAAUUGAAUUUGAAAAACUUAAUGUUUAAGCUGAUCUAGAUGCAUUGUAACUGAAAUAAAUUGGAUGUUUAGAAUUCUGUCCAAUUUGUAAAAGAAAAUGUGAUGAAGAAAUUGAUGAUAGCAACCAUAAACAUUAAUGUAAAAAUGGUCAUUAAUUAAGAGGUAUUUAUAAAUUAUUAAUACUGUAGGCAUGUGUGGAGUUUUAAUUGGAUGUUACCCUUCUUUAUAUACUUGUGAAGAAAUAUAAGAUGAUUUUUAAAUUAAGGAAUUGGAAACAUAAAACAUAAAAUAAUGGAAAGAAAUCAAAUAGACCUAUAAUAAUUGGAUAUUUUCUUGCUUUUUAAAGGAUGAGUAAAAAUAAUUGAAAGAGAAAUUCAUGAAGAUUUGGAAUCAAAAUAUUGGACAAAUGAUUUGUAAAAGAUUAACAGAAGAAUUAAAAAGAGAUAUAUUAUAUGUUCCAAAGUAGGAGGUAAAAUUAGGAGCAAAUUAGGGAAAUUCAAUUUUAACUCAUUAUGUACUUAUGUUAGAUGACUCUUGUUCAAUGAGUGGAAGACCUUUUGAAUCUGCUAAAUAAGGUUUGGUGGCUUUUCUUUAUGAAAUUCAAAAGAAUCCUAAUUUAAGAGUUACCAUUAUCAUGUUCAACAGUAGAUCUAGAUGUGUUGUUGAUUACCAAGUUCCUAAUGCUCAAGCUUAAUAAACUUAAAUAGUAUUUUCAGGCGGAGGAACUAAUUUUGAUGAUGCAUUUUUGCUUGCUUAUGAUAAGAUUUCUUCCAAUCCAGAUUUUAAUAAAUUCUAAGCGUAAGAGUAUCAAUCUAUAUUAGCCAUUCAAUAUUCUUUUACACUGAUGGAGGUGAUUCUUAUCCUAAAUAAGCUAUGGAUAAAUUUAAUCAACUUCCAAUUGAAAAACGAUAAAAAAUAGAGUUAAUUGCUUGUUCUGAGGAAUAAAAUCCAACUACAUUAGCCAAAGUUGUAGAGUUUUUUAAAAUAAACCUUGGUUCUGCUUAAUUAAAAACUUCAAUGCAACCUGAUAAAAUUGCUUAAGUUUGGAUUGAAGAGGUUAGCAAAUUAGUCAAAUAAAACAAAAAUUGUUGA